AUGGCAGACAUAUCGUCAAAUGCCAAAGUACCCAAACCACGCACCAAGACUUUCACUGGAUGUUGGACUUGUCGAGACCGUCGAGUGAAGUGCGACGAGGAAUACCCUUACUGUCAGCGGUGCCAGCAACACGGUUGGACAUGCAAAGGGUAUGAUUUGCGCCUAGGAUGGUCUCGAACCCCCGGGGGCCGCUCUCAUCGGCGCAAAUUGCGGCCCCCAGCACCAGAUAUGGACCAUGGGUUGUCAUCUGCUGCCGUGACAGCACUGCUGGUUGAGUUGGAUGGGUGUUCGGGGCACGGCUGUGCCCAACAACGAGGUCCAUUCUCAGUGUUCUCGGCUUUUUCAAGGCCUGAGACUCAAGAUACGCGCUGUGUUGAUUUACUCAACUUGGAAGAUGCCCUUCCAACCCAACAUGCGGAAGAUACACAGCAUAACUCAUCAGACUUCGUUAACUCGCCAGUUGGCGACACAGAUGGUGAGCUGGCUUCACCGAGACCAACGUGGGAUAUAUUGUCAUCGACCACCGCACCAUCCCCGCCUGAAAUUCACGAGGAAUCUUGCACAGCAUUGUCAAAGCCUUAUUAUCGGGCCAGUGACAUCUCUAUCAACGCAAUAUCCCAUGUGAUUCACCACAAAAAUCCCAAACAUCGGCUGUCAGAACCGGGCGACUACGGCAAACCUGUAUUAAAUACUCACAGCAAUGAGACCACCCUCUGGGAUUCCAUGAGUCCAUUGACUCUUCCAAGAGUAGAGACAGAGUUAGUCCACUACUGGGUUGUUUUUCUCAGCGGGAACAUGCUCCUAAUCGACACCCCGGACAAUCCCUGCCGGACAGUGUUCCUACCUCUAGCUCUGAAAGGCCUUGAUGCCUCCCCAGCAGAGUCGAACAUCCAUCUCUCAAUAUUCCACGCCAUUUGUGCCUGUUCCGCCUUCAGUAUUUCUCACCUUCGCCAUGAUUCGCGGUACCAUUCCAUUGCCGUCCACCAUGACCAGCUGGCUCUGCGUCAUUUGCGAGGAAGCUUGCAUCGGGAUCGCUGCUUAGAUGAGCCCACGCUAACUGCUGUCCUCGCUUGCAUUACAGCUGAAGGUAUGUCUGGUCGCCGCAGCCGAUGGAGAGCACACGUCGCUGGAUGCCUUGGUCUCCUAGAGAACGAAGUCCAUGGCGACUGGAUCCAAAGUCCGACUGCUAUUAGAAUGAUCCAAAGUUACUUGGCUCUUUCGUCCCUAUGCAGCCUUCCUGUACCCAAACGGCUCAUGUCGCUCCUCAAUGGCCCCUCCGAUUCCCAUCACUACCUAGAACAAUCGCAUGGAAUUACAACACCACUGGUCCAAUUUCUCGCUCAAAUCACCACAAUUGUUGAGUCUCGGACACAUAUGCCCAUAGGAGAGCUAGACCGGCUCGAACUUGAGCUCUACUUGAACUUUCCAACCCCGUCAAACCCAGACGCCCCGGGUUCGAUCAUUGUCCAGCACGCUCUGAACUCAUUUUACUACGCGACGAUUGUAUACUUCCGCCGUACUUUGCGUGGCGCAAGAUUGAGCGACGUACAGGAUCUGGUUGAGAAAGCAAUCCACGAGCUGGAAUCUGUCGAUGCACUCACGCGUGAGAAGGGGGGCCAUUCGUAUAACUGGGCAGGUUUUGUGAUUGCGGCUGACUGCGAGAGGCCUGAUCUGCAAAAUCGCAUGUUGGCAUUCUUUGGCCGCAAAAGUCGCCACGGGAUCCCGAAUAUCAAUGUGUUAUUUGAAAUCGUUCAAGCUCUGUGGAACCGGCGGGCAGCAGCUGGAUCGCACGUGGACAUACAGUGGCAGGAUAUUGCAAGGGAAGCUGAUUUUGACAUUAUGCUUGUUUGA